AUGCUGAACUCUGACCAGACGGAAAUCCCGGCCCACUCGGAGACCGAGUCCGUGUUCAGCGAUUGCGGAGGCGGCGGAGGACUCGGCGAGCUCGGGGGCAUCAGCUUGUGCGGAGAGACCAGGAUCUGCGAGGGCGGCGAUUCCGUCAAGAGGGAGCUGCAGCACUUAACUCGGGAGGAGAGGCGUCGGAGGAGGAGGGCGACGGCCAAAUACCGCACGGCGCACGCUACCCGGGAGCGCAUACGUGUGGAGGCCUUCAACUUGGCCUUCGCCGAGCUGAGGAAGCUUCUUCCCACUCUGCCCCCCGACAAGAAACUGUCCAAGAUCGAAAUUCUCCGGCUAGCUAUCUGCUACAUCUCCUAUCUCAACCACGUUCUAGAUGUUUGAUGGGUUCGCGGUGCCCUGAUUGGGCCACAACCUGCCCUCUUCUUUGGAUGCUGCUGUAUUCAGCUAAGGACUAAGAUGCUAGGACAGAGAAGAAUGGUGGGACCAAAUUUUUUCCCCUCUCUUGUGGAAUUUUGUAGACC